UUUACUUUUGGUGUUUGGGUAUAGUGAUAAGGGCAUUCCUAAUUGGGUUUGGUGUAUUCUAGGGUUGGAUAUUCUCCCCCUAUAUAAACUAUUUCUGUACACUUUAUUUAAUCAUAUAAUAAUAAAAAUCAUUUUCUAAUAUGGUAUCAGAUAUUCUCUCUCUCUCUCUUCUUUGACCAGAUCCUCUUUUUCCGGAUCAAGAUCCACUUUUUCCGGAUCUGUGUCUCCAUCAUCGUUUUCCGCGCCUACAACGUUCAUCUCCUUCUUCAAUCACGUUCAAAUGGCCAGAACUCGAAGACCUCCCAUAGCUGCACCUUCAGAUGUCGACAACUCCACUGUUCCCGUGGUGCCUCCUCCGUCAGACCCUCCCGUCUCCGUCGUCGACCACGUCACCGUCGACUCCACCACUGCUCCCGUGGUGCAUCCUCCUCCCGCAGCUCCAAUGGAACACGCAAGAACCGGUUCUAGACCACGCAGUACCGUCAUCGACGAUUCCACCACUGUUCCCGCGGUGUCUCCUCACGUUCAAGAACCGGCUUCUCCUCCUCCCACUGCUCCGGUUUCGUCUCCAUCUCAGCAUGUCCGAGCCGCCUCUGCCAUUCCACCUCCGGUCAUCCCUUCAAGAUUCAUCCCUCCGAUGACUAAUGGUAACGCUCCUUCCACUCACUCUGUCAUUCCAAACACUAACCCCGGUUCUAUGCAGCAUCCUCCCGAUCGUCCAGCCAACGAAGACAAUCCGUAUUUCGUUGGCUCCGGUGAUCAUCCCGGGUUGAUUCUUGUGACACCACCUCUGUCCGACCAUAACUUCCAGCAAUGGCGUCGGGAUUUUCACUUAGCUCUCGGAGCUAAGAACAAAACCGGUUUUAUUGAUGGUACACUCUCUCAACCCGAUCCUACUAGUCAUCUCUUCCAUUCUUGGACUCGCUGCAACCAAAUGGUAAUGUCUUGGAUUAUUCAUUGUGUUUCUUUGGAUAUUAAGAGCAGUAUAAUGUUUCUUGAUACUGCUCAUGAGAUGUGGAAUGAACUUACUAACCGUUUUAGUCAAGGAAAUGGACCUCGUCUUUUUGAGCUUCAAGAAUCUCUUACAGAUUUACGUCAAGGUGAUGAAUCUGUCACUGCAUAUUUCACCAAGCUUCGGGCUAUAUGGGAUGAGAUCAAUGAGCUUCGGCCUCGUCUUCCAUGCACUUGUCAAGCGUCUGCUGAUAACACAAAACUUCAAAAUCAAGAGAAGGUCCUUCGGUUUCUUACUGGCCUCAACGAAUCAUAUCAAGCGGUUCGGGAUCAAGUGUUAAUCACCGAACCAUUUCCAUCUCUUUCAAAGGUGUUCUCUACUAUCAUUCAACAUGAGCGUCAACGGAAACUCCGUGUCCUCCCGAACAUCAUUGCUGCCACUUCUUCUCAGCCCAUAAAUUCUUCUCGCAACAAGAAGAUGCGCCCUUUCUGCACUCACUGCCAGAAACCAGGGCAUUUAAAGGAGAAAUGCUAUGUUCUCCAUGGUUUUCCUCCUGGUUAUUUUGACAAGCGCAAAUCUGAUUCUACUCAGCGCUCCACUUCAGAUCGGGGUUCUCAAGUCAAAGGACCCGCUGCUCAUCAAGCUUCUGCUUCACCCUCUGUCUCGGAUAAACUUGCCUCGCUGCAAGAAAUGAUUUCUCAACACACUGAACAGAUUCAACAUGCUCAACAAAGCCAAGCAAUGGUUGAUGUCAACACUCCUAUGGCAUCUAACAUUACUGGACACCAGUCGGAAUCUACAGAUUGGGAUUGCUAAGCGCGUUGGACAACUUUUCUUUCUUCAACAAGAAAAUAACGCUACUUGUAAUUCUGUUUCUUGUAAUGAUGUACACAAAUGGCAUUUACGCCUUGGACAUCCCUCUUUACGGAUUACUAAAUCCUUGAAUAAAAUUCUCCAUUUUAAUGAUUCUGAUUCA